AAGUCUGCCAUUGGCGACGAUCUGGCAUAGCUCAUACCGAGAGAUGGAGUAGCGUGGUACAGAAAGAGCCACCUUUUCCGCCUCAACUAGUACUGUCUUUGCAUGUGUCUUCUGGUGGCAGCAAACGGAUACGACGGCAGUAUGAUGAACGGUCUCAUGGCGCUACCACAGUGGUUCAACUUCAUGAAUCAUCCCAAAGCCUUGUCCUCGACGCUGGCCUACCCGAUGGUGGUCUAUUUCGCGAAUCGUCGGGGUCGCAUGAAGGGCCUCUAUGUUGGUUACUUCUUUCUGGUACUUGAUGCUCUUCUACAAACCUUCACGCCAAACGUCGCCGGCUUCGUCAUCAGUCGCUUUUUCUUGGGUCAGCCAAGUGCCUGGUGGGGUGGUCUUGCCCCCCUCCUCAUCACAGAGAUUGCUUCUCCUAACGUCUUGUACAACUGUGGACGGUAUAUUGGAUCAACGCUGGCAGCGAAGGCUACUUGUGGUACCCGCAACUAUGCUUCUGACUGGGCGUGGCGGAUCCCUUCGCUCCUGCAGGUCGCUGUGCCCCUUGUCGUCCUCCCUGGCGUCCUGCUGAUCCCCGAAUCGCCUCAUUACCUCAUCUCCACAGGCCAGACGAGCAAAGCCAAGAACAUUCUGACCGAGCUUCACUCUGGCGGAGAAGUGAACUCCCGUCUGGUCGACUUUGAAAUGGCGGAGGUAGCAAACGCCAUCAAAGCCGACAGCAACGCGGCCAGCACCACAUCCUGGGCAGAGCUUUUCGCGACAAAUGGGAAUCGCCAUCGAGCCUUCAUCUCGGUGAUGCUUGGUAUAUUCGCUCAUUGGAACGGUGUCGGCGUCGUACCAUAUUACCUUGCCCUCAUCUGGAACCUCUUUUUCGCCGUGCUGGCUGCUGUCAACGUCGACAGGGUUGGCCGUCGCCCGCUCUUCCUGCUAAGUUCAGGUGGCAUGCUGAUCAGCUACAUUAUUAUCUCGGGCUUGUCCAGCAGCUUUGCGCAGACGGGGAUGAGCUCCGUCGGCCUGGCUGUCGUGCCGUUCCUCUACAUCUACUACGGAUUCUACGAUCUCGCCUUCACACCCCUCGUGGUUUCGUAUCACGCAGAGAUCUGGCCGUACCAGCUUCGCGCCUGUGGUAUUGCCCUGACGCAGUUGUCGACCUACUUUGCCAUCUUUUUCAACAUCUUCGUCAACCCGAUUGCGACGGAUGCGACUGGGUGGAAAUAUUAUAUUUUUUUUGCUGUCAUUCUGGUUAUUGUCACCGGCACCGUCUACUUCUGUUACCCGGAAACAAAGGGUCUCUCUCUGAAGGAGAUGUCCGUUAUUUUCGACGGCGUAGAGGCUGCCACCAUAUCGGAGAAUGCCGUCAUGGCUAUCAAGGGAGCCGAUGUUGAUCACAAGGAGAUGGCCUGA